AUGGAUGUGAAACAUCUUCACGCAAUAGACACUGAAACCUACAAUGCUGAUAUUAAGGGGGAGAAACAUAUCCCUCAAGGGGAACCAAGUGGAGUUGAAUCAGAUGAUGAUGUUCCCCUGAUCAAGAAAAGGAAGGAAACAGUUGAUUAUAGUUUUGGUAUUGGUCCAUCUAAGAAGAAACACAAACAGAUUAUUGUGUCUGAAAUGGUAAGUGUAUGGGGUGUGUCCAUUGAAGUGGCUAAGGAGUUUUCCUGGAAACACAACAUUCAAACUACAAAUCGGUUGAUUGCCAGAAAACACUUAAAAAGGAUUCAAAAAAUUAUGUCUACCUCUACUUCAUUACCUAAUCAAAUUGAACAUCUAAACAAGUUUAACAAGUUGAUGACAAAGGAAAAAGAGAUGAAAGAAAAUGCAAUUACUAUGGAUGAAAGGAGCAGGUUUGGUGAUGUGCUAACAAGAAGAAAGGAUCCUAACCCAAUAAUCAAGGUUAGAAGCACUAAGCCUAAAAACAAAAAGAUGCUUACAUUGCAUAUUACCAGGCGAGGUGAUCAGGGUCUUACUGCGGUCCAAUAUACUGAAGUCUUAUUUGUCCAAGAUCUGCUGAAACUUAGAUACGAGUGGUUGUAG